CUGACAGGUAAAAAUUUAGAUAUUAUAACCUUAUACUGUGCAGUAUUUUAUUAACAGGGGGUUUAAGAUAUUAAAACGAGAUAUUAUGGGCGCUUAAUAGUCACCGGAAGUUCAUUAUUUGAAGUUUAAACGUGAAGUUCACAUGUCUAUACAAGAAUUAAGGUUGCAGGAAAAAUCACGGAAAUGUCGUAAAUAAUCUUGUCUGCAGAGAUAUUGAUCAUCAGCUUAAUUGUUGUGGUUAUUAUGAACAAACUGUUGAAGAGGCAAACACUAUAUCUUCUGAUAAUAUUAUUGAUAUUAUUAACAUUCUGGUUUCUUCAUUCUAAUCACCAUGACAACGAAACCACCGAGCCAAGUGAACAUUUAAAGAGAGAUUAUGUUUUAUUUGAUGACACAAGAAAAGAAUCGCCUAGAAGUGAUAAGAAGAUUAUCUCUCCUCGAAACGAAAUAAAUAUUUACAAACAAACACUUGAAGCAAAGAGGCUCAUUCAUAUACACAAUGUUUAUUUGAAAACAUUACGUGGAAAAACGCCCAUUUUUGUAUAUUCCGCAAAAGUUGACAACAUGAUUUCAGGUUAUGUAAAGGAUUAUGGGACAUGGGAGGAAGACUUACUAAACCAGACCGGAAUAUAUCUUUUACAUCAGCCGGAUACCACUUUUAUAGAUAUAGGUUGUAAUAUUGGUGUGUAUACAUUAUUUGCAGCCAAACUUGGAAUGAAAGUUUUCUCAAUAGACCCAGUGGAAAAUAAUUUGGUAUUACUAUCAAAAUCAGUUGAUGCAGGAAGGUUUGCUGAAAAUGUAACUUUAGUUUUAAAUGCAGUGUCUGAUGAAUAUAAAUCUGUUGUUAUGAAUAUUCCUAAAGACAAUAUAGGUGGUGCACAUAUUGUAGAUACAGUCAGAGAUAUUCAUAAAGAUAAUAUAGGGGGUGCACAUAUUGUAGAUAAAGUGAAAGAUAUUUCAAAAGAAAACGUAAAUGUAGCUGAGACAAUAUUGCUAGACGAUCUGAUUCCGUACAUUAGAACUGAGAAUGUUUUUAUAAAGAUGGAUGUUGAAGGACAUGAAUGGAAUGUUUUAAACGGUGGCCAUCAAUUUUUCCAAGCUAAAGAUGUGAAAGUUAUUUUAAUGGAAUGGGUUCAUCACCGCCAUAGUGAAAAUGGACGAUUGAUAAUAGAGCAGCUGAUCAAAAACGGGUUUCUUCCAUAUACAGAUAUAGCAAGGAACGAAAUUUUAGAGCCCGAUGUUUUCUAUACAUGGCCAGAAAACGUGUUUUGGAUUAAAAGAUAAACAAAACAUGUUAUCAAGUUAAAGCUGUCUUUUAUCAACUUAAAGUUCAACUUAAACGUAGCAUUUUAUCAAAUUAAUCGUAUAAUUUUAUCCAGCUAGUCAUUUGUGCAAUAUAAUUUUAUGAUUAGUAUGUAAAUAUUAAUAUAUUGUUGCGUGGUAGAAUACCAUCACGGUACUUUACCCUUUUUGAUAUUUUAUACGGGUAAAUAUAUAUGUAACAACCGAAAAUGUUACGAUUAUCAAAGCUCAAAAAUGUCAUAUGUGCAUAGGUAUAUCUGCCGAAUAAAAAAUUAUAAUGUCACAGUUUUA